AUGGAAGCUUUGAGAGUGGUAGGAAAUAUAAAGGGAUGGGUUCUCAAGGAAGACGCAAAUGGGGAUCAAGCAGAGCUAGUAGAAUUAGUUGUCAAAAGGGUUUUUGGUGAACUGAUUAGUAGCAUACACUUAGCUGAAUGCAAGUACCCAGUUGGAAUAGAUUCCCAUGUGAAUCAUCUAUUACCUUUAUUAAAUAUUGGUUCUGAUGAUAUUCAUUUCGUUGGAAUCUGUGAUUUCAAUGGCAUUGGGAAGACAACUAUUGCAAAAGCAGUCUACAAUCGACUCAUUUUAACCUUCAAUAGGCAUAGUUUUCUUUCAAAUGUUAGAGAACAAGCAACACAAUGGAUGGCUCUAGCAUCAUUGCAAAAGCGACUUCUUAAAGAUAUCUUUAAAACAACCAUUGACGUAGGUGAUUACCAUAGAGGAAAAAAAUUGAUGGAACAACUUCUUUGUAAAGAAAAAGUUCUUCUUGUUCUUGAUGAUGUGGAUGGUCAAAAACAAGUAAAUGCUUUGGCCGAUGCACUCAAUUGGUUUGGCCGAGGAAGUAGGGUCAUAAUAACAACCAGAGACGAACAUAUUUUGAAUGUGUCCAAAGUUGAUAAAGAUAAAAUAUACAGGCCUCAAGUGCUGGAUUGUAAACAGUCUCUUCAACUAUUUAGUUGGCAUGCAUUUUCAAGGGGCCAACCUCAUGAAAAUUAUAUGCAACUUCCACAUGAUGUGGCAUGCUAUUCAAGAGGGUUGCCUUUAACUCUAGAGGUAUUGGGGUCUUACGUAUCGGACAUAAGGAGCACAGAAGAAUGGGAAGGUACAUUACAAAAUUUGAAAGAAAUUCCCCCUGAAAAAGUCCAAAGAAGGCUGAAGAUAAGCUACAAUAAUCUAGAAGAUGAUUAUCAGAAAACCAUAUUUCUUGAUGCUGCAUGCUUUUUCAUUGGAUGGGCAAAAGAAAUUGUAAUUUCCAUAUGGGAAGCUUGUGGCUAUUAUCCGAAAUCAGCAACACAUAGAAUAAUUCAAAUAUCCCUUUUAAAAUUUGAAGAGGAUGAGGAUGGUAUAUAUGUCUUGAAGAUGCAUGAUCAAAUUAUAGAAAUGGGACAGAAUAUUGUCAAAGAAGAAAGUCCUAUGCAGCCGGGUAAGCAUAGUAGAUCAUGGUCUUAUGGUGAUAGCUUGGAUGUGUUAGAAGGACACAAGCAAUUGGACUUUGGAUAUUGCGAGUCCUUGGAUAAGUUAGACAAGUCCAUCGGGCAAUUGAGUCAGCUCAAAAGUCUUACUCUCAAACGUUGUUACUCACUCAAGAUGUUGCCUGAUGAUGUUGGACCAUUAGAGAAGCUUGAGGUAUUAGAUGCUCAGAAUUGCAUUACACUAGUGAAACUACCAAUAUCAAUGGGGAGAAUGAGGUGUUUGCGUAGCAUUAACCUCAAAGGAACCAGAGUUUCAAAACUUCCUGAUGAUUUUUCAAUGUCCUCAAGAAUGUAG